AUGCUGAAGGAGCGCUCCAGCUUCGCGGCAUCGGACGAGGAGUGGGAGGAGAUGUGCUGGGCCGUGGACCUCAGCGCCGCGAACGCCUGGGCCCCCGAGGAGCCCAAGAUCGACUUCAGCGAGCUCGUGACCAUGGUCAUCGCGCAGGACGAGUCGGGCCCCGCGUCGAGCCGGCUGCCCCCCGCCGUGGGCAGGGCUGCGGGCGCGGGGCGGCCGGAGCGGCGCGGCGUGAGCCUCGAGGGCACGGCCCUGGAGCAGGAGGUGCGCCUCGAGAGCACGGCCGCGGAGCAGGAGGUGAGGGACAUGGUGCUGGACAGGCGGGCCUCUGGGCCCUCGAGGCUGCUCCUCAGCCGCCUCCAGACCCCCUGCCAGACGCCGAGCGGGGCCCAGGAGGUCGACUUCCAGAUGGACUUUCUCCCAGAAGGGCCUUCGUCGUCCGUCUCGACGUCCGUCGUGAAGGCCCCGAGCCUCCCUCGCGUUCAGAAGACAGUCGGAACGUCUGGGUCUCCGCCAGAACGGUGCCAGUGGCUCCACAGCUUGCUCGAGGACCCCACCAGCUCGCCCGAAGCACGCCUCGUCUCGGUCUGCAUAGGGGUGCUCAUCGUGCUGUGCAUCUUGAACAAUGUCGCGGCGUCUCUGACAGAGCAGGGCAUGGCCGUGGAUUGGUCCAGUCCUUUCUGGGUCAUCGAUUUUGUCUUGGCCACCUUGUUCGCCAUCGAGUUCACUCUCCGUGCCGUUGCGAGCGGCGUGGUCGGGCCGCAGUCCUUCGCGGUCUUCCUGUUCACCAUGCGCAACUUUGCCGACUUCUGCGCCAUACUGCCAUCAUAUCUGGACCUGGUCACGUCGAACUCUGGCCUAGGGCAUCUGCUCGUGCUCCGCGCGUUCCGCCUCCUCAGACUGGCGCAGCUUGCGCGCCUGGGCCGGCUGUCCAAGACGUGGGUGCUGGCAGCACCGGUAACGACGGUGCUCGUGAUAGUCUGGGGCAUCUAUUUGAAAGAGUCCAUCGGGCAGGACGCCGGCUCGUGCUGA